UUCGCACAAUUUCGGACGGUAGUGUACUACUACUACUAAAAAUAAGAAGGGGUGGACAUUUAUAUUACAUAAAUGUGAUGUUCAUUUCACGAACAUUAUGCUUCCUCGCAGAAAAUAUUUAAUUUAAUUUACAUUAAAAAUUUUAUAAAUUUAGGUUAAAUCACGGAGGAAUAGUAAGGAGACCGAUCUCUGCGUUUGAAAAUGUCAGAAAAACAUGUACGAUAAGUGCCAGGUUCAGUACAUUGUAAUCAACUACCAAAGUAGCUGAGCAUGCGCAUUGGACCUCAAUUUUGACAGAUGAAAAGUGUGGUUAUGCGAUAUACAUAUAUGUCACAAAAAAAAUCUUAAGGUGCUUAUAUACCUCAAAUUUCGAUCAGAUGAACAUUAUUUCUGGACCGUGAAAAUGCGUGAAAAGUCAUUUUCACGGCGGGUAUUUUUGAAUUGUUUUAAACAAAAAAUGUUUUUUUAAGAAAUAUAAUAUUAAAUAAUUGUUUUAAUAUGUAAGAACACUUUAAAAUAAUGAUAGAGAGAUGAUUUGAUUAAAAAAUUUAGCAAAUUUUGCUUUAAAACGUUUUCUGCUACAAGAAAGUGUAAAAUGACGAUGUUUGUGAAAUGGUUUGUACAGUGCUUCUUCCUUGUGAGUGUCUCUCAGAGUUUUGUUUAUGUUAUGUCGUUUCUUUUUAACUUGUAAUAAAUAAUGAGUGCUGAAAAUAAAUCGGAGCUGAUGAAAUUUAUGAGAGUAGAUGGUUUGCUUAUGAAACAAUGAGAUUUUUAGAUGACAGGGAUAAACCACGAAAACGAGUAAACACAGUACAAAUUACGGCUGAAACCUCAGACGAUGAAGACAUUAAUGUUGCUGAUGACGAUGAUUCCAACCAAUGCACAAUUCAAGCAUCAAUACCGCAACCAUCAUCACCACAACCAUUAACGCCACAAACACAAAUAAUACAACCAUUAACGCCACAAACACCAAUAAGACAACCAUUAACGCCACAAAUGCCAAUAAGACAUCAACCACAAACGCCACAACCGUCAACAUCUCAAGCACCAGCAUCACGAAAAAGAAAAAGGGGAGGAAACAAUGAUAACAGCAUAAUGUCAGAAUGUUUGGAUAUCAUGAGAAAUGCUUCAAACCGUCUUAACCAACCAAAUAGUAAUUCAUCAUUGAUAUCAAUUGUGGGAAAUCUUUUUAUGGGCAAAAUGCAUACUUAUAGUAUGCAAACACGGCAUUGGGUUGAACGUGAAUUAUUUAACAUUUUGGUAAAAGCUGAUCAAGGUUAUUAUGAGAAUCUGACCUCUAAUUUUCCUCAAUCAAUUUAUAUCCCACCAACAAACAAUGAGUCGAAUUUUCCAUCAUAUCCAUCAACUUCUACAAAUCAACACAACUCACAAUCAUUUGAGAAUCCCUCUUUUUUCCGACCCUAUAUUCCUCUGACACCAACAAAUUCACCAUAUAAUCCUUCCUCUUUUUCUUCUCAUUUGCCUUUCAAUCGGACACCAAGUCCUGCUAACACACAAUUAUCCAAUAAUUCACCUCAUUUUCAAUCGCAGGAGUCCUACACACAGAAUUUAGUUUACUCACAACCAACGAAUAAUUCCUCUUCCAUUCCUUCUCAAUCUUACUACUAAUCUACCAAGAACAAUAUUCCCGCACAACAAAAGGGUAUCCAUAGGAUAGCAUAGUAAUAUCCCACGAUUUGUUGGAAUAUCUUAAGGACUUAACAUUGUUAUAUAUGAAUGUGUAAUUCAUGCAUUAGUACAAAAUUUAUAUUAUAUAAUAAAUAUAUUAAUAUAUAAUAA